AUGGGGGCAGAUGUCAUGGCCAAGCUUUCAGAAACUGCAACUGUUACCACAACGACCACACCUACUACAGUAUCAGUAACUGCUUCUUCUAUAAACACAUCAAGUCCAGUUCCAACUACCACUGUCACAUCUAAAGAAAGUGAAUCCACCCCAAACACAAACAUAGUAACUACACUUACCACUCCCACCAUUUCCUCUUCAAGUGGUGGCUCAACCACAACUGUUUCUUCUCUAACACUAAGUAACAAUGGAUCAUCCACGAGCACAGUCACGGAAGGUGUUUCCUCAAAGACUAUUGCUUCAGUGACUUUCAGCAGCAUCACUUCAUCAGAGAACAGCACCCCAAAACCUAGUACCACAGGUCCCAGCAGUCCUUGCCAGGGGGAUCCCUGUAGCGGUGGUUCUGUGUGUGUUAGUCUGAAUAGCACAUAUUUUUGCCUGUGUUUGGACGGGUAUUACUAUAAGUCUUCCACAUGCAAUAAAGGAAAGAUAUUCCCCGGAACAAUUACAGUAAAAGUAUCAGAAACAUCUGGCUUGGAAGAUGAACAUUCUGUGGCCUAUCAAGAAUUAUAUCAUGAAAUCACUACAUUUUUUGGAAAUGCAUUUAACAACACUGACUACGGACAGACUGUAAUUCUUAAAGUAAGCAUAUCUCCUUCAGCAAGAUCUGAAAUGCGUGCCGGUGACCAGACUGUUAAUGUAGCAGUAGUAAACAUUCUUGUAGAAACUACAAGCGCAGAUGAGGAGAGAGUGUCUGAUAUAAUUGAAGAGGCAAUUAGAAAAUACUCAGGUGACAUCACAGGUUAUACCAUGCAAGAUCGGUGUGAUUACUAUGGCUGUAAAAAGACGAAGGAUGACAAUGACUGCAGCAAUGGUUUACUAUGUACAUGCAAAGAUGGGCUGGAAAGACCUAGCCCACAGAUCCCUUUCUGUUCUGCUAGUUCACAGUGUCCUGAUGGCUGCAAUGAAGAGAACAAGAAGCAGUGCUUACUGAUGGAUGACGGGAGCACUGACUGCGUGUGCCUGUCGGGCUACGAGAAAGAUGGUCAGGGCACGUGUCAAAAAUGUGCAUUUGGCUACAGUGGAGUCAACUGUAAAGACCCAUUUCAGCUGACCCUCACCAUCGUGGGCGUUAUUGCUGCCAUCCUCCUUCUCGGCGUGGUGAUCGCAUGGAUCGUCUCAUUGAGAUCAAAGAACAGAAGGCAGAAUAUUGAAGAACAGAACUUGAUUGACAAUGACUAUCAAAAUCUGAGACUGCAGCAGACAACAGGCUUCAGCAAUCCAGGAGCGGACGGGAGCAUCUUCCCGAGAGUCAGGACUAAUAUCUCCAGAGAUGGUCAGCCACAGAAUCCUUAUGCAAACCGGAGAGGUAUGCAGAACCCUUAUGCAAACCAGACAGCUGCUGAGAAAGCAGAGCGAGACCCUACCCAGCGAUCUCGACCCCCACAAGCGCGCCGGAAGGGACUUCCACCUGGGCGCCCCGGCCUCCGCGUUCCGGGCCGGUCCCAGCGCGGGGCGGAGCUGGCCGGUCGGGAGCUCGCCCCGCCCCGCCUCGCAGUAAACUGA